AUGUUAAAGGUUGAGUCUAUCCAUGUAAAGGCCAGAUCAUCCGCAUUUGACAAGCUUUUGAUGGCGCAAUGUUUGAAGAAGAAAGGCCAUAUAGUAGCAGUCACAAGCGAUGGAAACAACACACUCAAAGAUGCAGAUAUUGGGCUCUCCGUGGGGAUCCAAGGCACAGAAGUGGCAAAAGAGAGCUCAGAUAUAAUCAUCUUGGAUGAUAAUUUCUCCUCUUUGGUGACAGUUCUGAGGUGGCGCAGGUUCAAGGAUGGCAGAAUGUAUUUCGAGGCCAAUGUUGAAGACUUGAACCUAUUCAAAGAAUUGGGAACAGGAAACCAUACAUCAUUGAUCAUUCCAUGUGCUAAUUUGCUGUCCAUUGCCUUCACUGCAAAAGCAAUAGCUAUUGAAUGUGGUAUUCUCAAACCCUAUGAAGAUUCAAAUGAUGCAGUAGUAGAAGGUGCCAGAUCAUCCCCAUUUGACAAGCUUCUGACGGUGCAGUGUUUGAAGAAGAAAGGCCACCUGAUAGCAGUCACAAGCGAUGGAAACAACGAUGCACCCACACUGAAAGAAGCAGAUAUUGGGCUCUCCAUGGGGAUCCAAGGCAAAGAAGUGGCAAAAGAGAGCUCGGAUAUAGUUAUCUGGGGUGAUAAUUUCUCCUCUUUGGUGACAGUUCUGAGGUGGGGCAGGUGUGUUUACAACAACAUUCAAAAGUUUCAUGUGAACGAGAAAGUCAAGGACACGCUGAUCAAUUUCAAUAGUUCUGUUCUCUGCCAAGUUUUUAGUGAGUUUAAUGCAAGGAAGCUGGAGAAGAAGAACAUAUUAAUUAAGGGGAAACUGAAGAACAAACUGUUUCUAGGGAUCGUUGGGAUGACAGUAGUUCUUCAAGUGGUUAUGAUGGAGCUCCCAAAGAGGUUUGCUAAUACUGAAAGGCUGAAAUGGGAUCAAUGGUGUGCAUGCAUUGGAACAUAUACAGCUUCCUCAGCCUAG